GUUAGCUAAGAUUAUCUAAAAGUGCAGAGUCCAAAAAGAGAAAGGGUUAUUAAAGGUCAGCAACAAGAAAGAGAAGAACACACACAAGAAAAAAAACAAUAUUCUUUCUCUCUGGUUUUUGGUUCUUAAUUUGGAAGCCAUUUUUGGUUUGGGUUUUAGUUUAAAAAAUGGGGAGAGGUAGGGUUGAGUUGAAGAGAAUUGAGAACAAGAUCAACAGGCAAGUCACUUUUGCUAAGAGAAGAAAUGGGCUUUUGAAGAAAGCUUAUGAGCUUUCUGUUCUUUGCGAUGCCGAAGUUGCUCUCAUCAUCUUCUCCACUAGAGGAAAGCUGUACGAAUUUUGCAGCAGUUCAAGCAUGGUGAAAACACUGGAGAGGUACCAGAAGUGCAACUAUGGAGCUCCAGAGACAAAUGUGUCAGCUAGGGAGGCUCUGGAGUUAAGCAGUCAACAGGAAUAUCUGAAGCUUAAGGGCCGGUACGAGGCCCUACAAAGGUCCCAAAGGAAUUUACUAGGAGAAGAUCUGGGUCCUUUAAGCAGCAAAGAGCUUGAGUCCCUUGAGAAGCAGCUUGAUUCUUCUUUGAAGCAGAUCCGAUCAAUGCGGACCCAAUAUAUGCUGGACCAGCUCGCUGAUCUCCGACGGAAGGAACAACUACUCAAUGAAGCCAAUAAGAACCUGAAACAAAGGUUGAUUGAAAGCUACCAAGUAAAUUCACUCCAGUUGAAUCCGAAUGAAGAAGACGUCGGCUUCGGCGGACAACCUGCUCAUCAUCAUCAUCAUCCUCAGGAUGAUGGCUUCUUUCACCCAUUGGAGUGUGAACCAACAUUACAAAUCGGAUACCAGCACGAUCCGAUAUCGUUCGUCGACGCAGGUCCGAGUGUGAAUAACUACAUGAUGGGAUGGCUACCAUGACAAAUUACAAUAGAAGAAGAAUAUGCAAGCUUUGCAUUCACUCAUAAGAGAACCAGCACCAAUUUAAUCAAUCUGUUUGAAUGUUUCUUUGACGAAAAGAAAGAACACUUUAUAGUGCCAUGGAUUUUAAUAGCAUUACUGUUGUAACUUUGUGUCUUUUUUAAUUUGGAGGAUGAACUGUAGGUAAACUCCUUGGUGUCAGCUCUAGGGCACUGCGUAUAUUUCUUUGAAACAGUUUAUUAUGUUUGAAAUAAUGUGCUUUUGUUUGCUUGUAAGAGAAUUCUAACUUUGUGCAUUUUGGUAUUUGCUUCAAC